AUAGCUAACGUUGUGUUCAGCAAAAACCAUAGACAUCUUUACUGCAGGCUCUCACAGAUUUUCAAAGACCCUGAAAUGUUGCAGAAAAUGUUUCACACAAUUGCUUUUUGCUGUUUGUGCUGUUGGCAUCUAACUGGUGUGUUUAGUGUUGAUGUGAAGUCAGUGUCAGUGAAGGAGGGAGAUUCAGUCACUCUGAAGAUUAAUGUUACUGAACUACAGACAAAUGAUGAGAUUAAGUGGAGAUUUGGAACUGAGGGGAGUCUUAUAGCUGAAAUCAAUGGAGAGACCAGUGAUAUCUGCACAGGUCAUGAGUGUAAAGAGAGAUUCAGAGACAGACUGAAGCUGGAUCAGACUGGAUCUCUGACCAUCAUGAACACCAGAAACACAGACUCUGGACUUUAUGAAGCUGAAAUCAGCCUAAGCAAGUCAGAAGAUAAAAACAGAUUCAGUGUUACUGUCUAUGGUGGGUUUGGUGAUACAAACACAGUGAAGUCAGUGUCAGUGAAGGAGGGAGAUUCAGUCACUCUACAGAUUAAUAAUAAUGAAAUACACACAAAUGAUGAGAUUAAGUGGAGAUUUGGAACUGAGGGGAGUCUUAUAGCUGAAAUCAAUGGAGAGACCAGUGAUAUCUGUGCAGAUGAUGAGUGUAAAGAGAGAUUCAGAGACAGACUGAAGCUGGAUCAGACUGGAUCUCUGACCAUCAUGAACAUCAGAAACACAGACUCUGGACUUUAUGAAGUUGAGAUCAGUUUAAGCAGCUCAGAGACUAAAUACAGAUUCAAUGUUACGGUCUAUGAUUGUACGUUCUGCUGUCAUGUUCCUGAAGCUGUGACCCGAUUGGUCAUCUCUGUUCUGGUGGGCGUGGCUGCUGCUUUUAUGGUGGUGUAUGACAUCAUCUCCAGAAAAGUCGAACAGGAAAGAACGCAACAGAAUUCAUUAUCAUCAUCCGACCCUCACUGAUAAAUCACGUAUCCAUCUUCCCUUUAGCCAGGUGUCAAACUCAUUUUUACAGCCCUUCACAGUUUAGAUGCAACCCUAAUGAAACAUACCUGAUUCAGUUGAUCAGGUCAUUAAGUCUUAUUUGAAAACUACACGGUAUAUGUGUUGUAGCAGGGUUGAAACUAAACAGGAACUGAGUUUGACACCCCUGCGCACAGCAUCUAACACCACUGUUGUAUCUGUACUUAAAAGUGUACCAAAAACAGUGAAGCAAAUUCUCAGCUAACAAAAAAUAAAGAAUGCCCUUUCUCGGCUGAUUUAA